UUAUUUCCCUGGCAAAUGUCACCACAACCAGUCACAUUUCUCUCCUCCUCCUCCUCCUCCUCCACCACCACCACCUCUUCUCUUCCACACCUCUCCUCCUUCCUCCUUCCUCCAUCCCUCAGUCCUUGCACUGCCUGUCAGAAUUCCCACAUAUCCCCAGAGGAUAAGAUGCCAUGGAGGCCACAGGAAGAACUGUGCUGUGUGCCUGCUCUGCCUUCUGCCUUCUGUUCAUCCUAACAGAGGUCAGCUCCGAACUGAUUCACAUUGAUCCAUCGGUCAGUCACAUCACUGAAGGGGACUCCGUGUUCCUCUCUGUGAAAACCAACUUUUCACCGGACAAAGCAGACAUUCAGGGAACUUGGUUUCACACCGGGAUGAGCGGCACCAAUACCCGGAUGUUGGUGACAUUCACCAAAACAAAUGAAAUCUGUAACAUGAAGCAUUGUGACCAACUCGUCUUCAACAACUCCACCUUUUCUUUGGAAAUCAAGAACUUAAACAGAAAAGAUGAAGGAGAUUAUCACUUGAGCAUCAACAUAAAGUAUGAUAACAAACCAGGAGACAUUGAGAAGGAGGAGAAAACCGUUCGUGUAACCGUAGAUGUCCCUGUGUCCAAUCCAGCCAUUGAGAAGAGCCCUUCCUAUGCAGUCAUUGAGGACAAAGCAAACGUAACCUGGACUUGCUCUGUUGAGAACGGAACAAGAGUUAUGUUUAAGUGGUUCAGGGAUAAUGUUGCACUGGGUCCCAGUGACAGAUACCACUACUCCCAAGAUAACUCGACACUGUUAAUCAGCCCUGUGAGAAAAGAGGACAAGGGAAGUUAUCACUGUGUGGCCAGCAACCCGGUCACCCGGGGUCAACACAGCAGGGCUGUGGAACUCAACGUCUACUAUGGCCCUUACAACCUUGAGGUGAACUCUGUCCAGGGCCUGCGCACAGGGGAGGUGUUCACCAUCAACCCUGGGGAGCUGGUCUUCUUUGAAUGCCAGGCUGACUCCAAUCCACCUAACAGCUAUGUGUGGAUCUCCAAGACCCGCAAUGCAACUCAGAUCGUCACAGAGGGCCCUCGGCUAGAGGUGCGCUCCUACAGACUGGCCCAGGCUGAAGAGUACCUUUGCCGUGCCUUCAACAACGUGACGCAGAAGCAGGACGAAGCCCAGUUUACUCUGGUGGUGGCCAGCUUGGGAACAGGGAAAGAGAAGCACACCCAAGAGGGUAGCUCUGUAUCACCGCUGGCAGUCAUUACUGUCUGCUCUUUUUUUGUCAUUGGCUGUAUGCUGCUGUUCUUCCUCAGGAGAACCUGUCAUCCAAAGAGAGUGCUUAUGAGCAUUUACAACAAACCGUUUUCAGAGCAGAAACGACCACAUCGUUCAGGUCACGAGGAUGCAACCGAGGACUUUGGCAUCUACGAGUUCGUCUCCAUACCUGGGAAGACGGAAUCUACACAGGCAUCGUGCAGAUCUUUGGCUCGUCUCGAAUCGAUUCAAGAUAUGCAUACUACCAUCUACGAUGUGAUCAGACACGUUCCUGAAACCCCGAGUCACAGUUUGCUGAAGUAAAGUCUGGCUGGAGAGCGGAGAUGGAACUUUAAAUGGUUUAACUUGAAGAUUUCCUUGUAGCUUUAUUCUCUUAAGUCUCUGUUAUCAAAGCCUGAAGCACUGGUUUUGGUGGCCUGGUUUUUUGCACAAGGGAUGAAGGAGACUUGUGGGAUUACAGAACCUGAUAGUGCACUGCUGUUGACGAGAGUUUUGGACGGAUGUUAAGUGUAUUUUGCUGACAUUGGUGUGAAAUGAAAAUGUAUGUUCAGCUCAUUUUUAUUUUUUCUGUGAAAGCAUAACUGAAGUUAAAACCCUUUUGUUUUCUGUUUUAAGGUGAAGAUUAUGUAAAACUAAGCAAGUUAGAAGUAUUCAGUUUUACCUUAUUUUGAAGAUCUUGUGAUGCAUCCAAGGUGCCGAAAUUGCCACAUUAUAGAUGAAAAAAAACCCCACGAAUAUUAUCAUUUUAAUUUAGCGUUCCCUGCUGAGAGAGUAUAUUUUGUGAGAAGUGUUAUAAUUAAUGCAGUACGAAAUAUAUAUUCAGGUUAACUGUAAAUAUUGUACAUGGAUUAUCCAGCAGAUUCUUUAUACAUAUUAUUCUAUUUCUAUGUUUCACUCUAAUCUAUUUAUUCCUAUCAAAACUUUCAGCCCUGCUUCCCCAAAUGUAGCAUUUUCCCUCUUCUCAUAAUGGACACAAUGAAAUGCUCAAUGAAAAGACAAUGAUAAGGAAUUCAUUAUUGUACAGUUUGCAUUCACAUGUUUGUUUUGUACUUUAUUAAAAAUAUAACUGUUUACUACUCUGGU